AUGUCUAAUGCAACCAAGUCCAAUGAUGCGUCGCCCUUCAUCAAGAGGGAUCAGAUGAGAAGGGAGUUCUUGAGAGCAAGACAAAGGAGUAACAAUCCGAAGCCUAUAGUAAAGAAAGAGGAUCCCGAACAAGCUGCAGAAGAGGCUAGGAAGUUAUUGCAGCCUGAGGCACUAUCUAGAAGGGUUAAGAGGGAGCCAGGUAAGUCAGGGUAUAGUGAGUUUCCAUUGCGAGCAAUUGACAUGAGAGAUAAAGAAAACGUUAAGACGAAUUUGGUCAAAUUUCAGUCUAAGAAACCAAUAGACCCUGAGGAUUUCCAUUUACCCAUCAGAUUACAUCGUAAGGAUACUAGAAACUUGCAAUUCCAGUUGACCAGAGCGGAAAUUGUGCAAAGACAGAAGGAAAUUGCGGAAUUCAAGCAGAGACAACUCGAAGAAGCAGGAGGUGCAGGACCGGGUACUGGCGGUAGCAACUCAACGCCGACAGCAUCUAAAGGUAACAGUACUGGUGGAAGUUUCUCUCAAUCUAACGGGAAACCAUAUAAUAGCAAACAAGGAACGCCAGUUCCAGGUACGUUGAAUGGUCCAAAAGUGGGAGUAACUAAUUAUAAUAAUACAGAUGGUCCUAACGUGAAUAAUAACGGUUCAUCAAGUUCAGAGCUGAAAACUGGCACAGAUUCCGGCUCUCCUCCAAAUGGGAAAGAAGGAACUCCCAGCAAUACCGUCACUAUCCUUGAAGAGGCUGGAGUGGCAGAAGACCCAACUAAGGUCGGUAUGGUUAAAUAUGAUGGUAAGGCUGAACCUGAGAUACACGAAGAAGGUACUAUAGACCCUAUGGCUGAUGUUGCACCACAUGGAGGUGGUCGUUUUAGAAGGGGUAAUUCUAAAAGAAAGACAAGACAGUUGAAGAGAUUAGAUGAAGAAGCGAAAAGGUUAAGAUUCGAAGAAUUUUAUCCAUGGGUCAUGGAAGAUUUUGAUGGUUUUAACACCUGGGUAGGUUCAUACGAAGCAGGUAACUCAGACUCAUAUGUCCUUUUAAGUGUUGAAGACGACGGGAGCUUUACUAUGAUUCCUGCGGAUAAAGUCUACCGUUUCACUGCAAGAAAUAAAUAUAACACAUUGACCAUUGAAGAAGCCGAGAAAAGGAUGGAGAAGAACAAAGAAGGUGCUCCUCGUUGGUUUAUGAAGCAUUUGGACGAGUCCAGUAAAACAACCACAAGAUAUGAUAGAACCUUAAGAAGACUUAGAGCUGUCGAUGGGAACACAAGACAGGCCGAAGAUGAUGAGGACCGUGGAGAUAACUCAGAGGUCGAAUUGGAUUACGAUGAAGAAUUUGCGGAUGAUGAAGAAGCACCAAUCAUAGACGGUAAUGAAGAAGAGAAUAAGGAAUCGGAACAAAGGAUCAAGAAAGAAAUGUUACAAGCUAAUGCUUUGGGAUUACGUGACGAUGAUGGGGAAGAGUCAGAUGACGAACUAUUUGGAGAGAAAAAAAUUGACGAAGAAGGUGAAAAAGUCAAGAAAGCCCUCCUUAAAACAGAUCUGGGUGCUUUAUAUGAAUCUGAUGCAGAAGAGAACCCAUAUCUAUCACACUCUGAGGAAGAUGAAGAGCAAGCUGAUUCGGAUAAGAAAGAUUCCGAGAAGGAUAAUGAAAAGCAAAGUCGGAGAUCCUCACCAAAGAAGAAAGCUUCUGACACACCAUCAGGUCCACCAAAAUUAGUAGUAAAAAGCAUUAAUCAAAAUAUCGUUGUACUAACUGGUGAGAAAUCAGUAUUAUCGAACUUCCCUGCAGGAGCCUGGAAUCCAAACUUGAAGAAACGUCCAGCAGAGUCUCAGCCACAAGAAUCUAUGGACAAUAAGAGGGCAAAGUCUGAUCACUCGGCAGAUGAUUUGUUAACGGAAGACGAUAUAAUCAAUGCAAUUGAGGGCAAGCAGUUGACUUUGAAACAAUUAAUCAGACAAUUGAAAGAAAAGGUCGGUAGACAUCCUGACAAUAAAGAAAGAAUGAAGGUUUUUGUCAAGAAACUUGUUAAACUGAACGGUAAAUUCCUCGAAUUGAGUAAGUAG